AUGGACAAGUCUCAUUCUCACAACCAACAGGCCUCUACCAACUACCGCGAAGCCUUCCAGCUCUUCGACAAGCGCGGCAACGGCCGUGUCGACCGCGCAGCGCUCGGCGACCUGCUGCGCGCCUGCGGACAGAACCCGACGCUCGCUGAGAUUGCAGACCUGGAGCGCGGCGUUGGCGCAGACUUCGAUUUCGAAACCUUCAGCAAGAUCCUCAACCGGCCCGGCGGCUUCCGCGAGCCCUUCGACAUCGAGGAGUACAUACGCGGGUUUCAGGUCUUUGACAAAGAUCGCUCGGGCUUCGUCGGAAAGGGCCAGAUCAAGUACAUUCUCACCAACCUGGGCGAGAAGAUGAGCGAGGAGGAGGUCGAGGAGCUGUUCAAAUCGACAAUCGAUACCGGUAACAAUGAGGUCGACUACAGGGAGUUUGUCAAGACGAUUGCGGAGAACUAG